ACUGACUGACUGACUGAAGUGACUCAGAGAGACAGACUGACUGACUGAAGUGACUCAGAGAGACAGACUGACUGACUAUGCUGCUCCAGUGAUAAUCCAGGAGUCUUCUCUUCACUGACAUGAGGAAGCCCUCUCUCAACCUCCUGACUGAAGGACUGACCCCAGGGUUUUGAUCAGAACAGCGGCGGACACAAAGCAGGUCUGUUAACAGGAGUUCUGUACAGGUCUAUUAGAUCUGAGACUUUAGAAUCCUCUUGACAUCUGGCUGUCAGUGCAGGGAACUGCACUGUUUAAAAAAAUACUUUUCUAGAUCUCAGACACUGUAAGACUUCUUCGGUAUCUUCUCUUGAUUCUGACUGUCUGUGCACUCAGUGGAAGCUCGUGCCUCAUGGCUUGCUACUACAUCGUCAUCAGCUCUACUCACCUCAGCAACGGCCACUUCAGGAACAUCAAGGGAGUUUUCCGCGGCCCCCUCAGCAAGAAUGGCAACAAGAACUUGGACUAUGCGGAGAAGGAGAGGACGGCGACCAUGGCCAAAGCCUUGGAGGACCUGAAGGCCAACUUCUACUGUGAUCUGUGUGACAAACAGUACUACAAGCACCAGGAGUUUGACAACCACAUUAACUCUUAUGACCAUGCUCACAAACAGCGGCUGAAGGAGCUGAAGCAGAGAGAGUUUGCCCGGAAUGUGGCCUCUAAAACCAGGAAGGAUGAGAGGAAACAGGAGAGAGCACUCCAGCGGUUACAUGAGCUGGCCGAACAACGCAGAGAGGUCCAAUGCGCUCCAGGCAGUGGCCCCAAGUUCAAGUCUACUACUGUAGCAGUGGACGCCAGUUGCAGAGAGAGCUGUACUGAUGGACUUUCAGAAGAGAGCCACAACUCCACAGUGCUGGAGACAGGGACCCACAACCACACCACUGGCACCAGCACUGGUCUGGCCUCCAACAGCAAGACCCAGCAGACACUGUACUGGCCCUACAAUGGCAAGGCCAAGAAACAAACUUACAAAAGGCACAAAAUCGCCUUCUCAUUCUCCUUCCCAAAGAAAGCGUCAGUGAAGCUGGAAUCUGCUGCGGCGGUGUUCUGUGAGAACACGGAGGAGGGUUCCAAAGAACGUAUCGGAACACAGAAGCUCAGAAUUCCCCUCGUUGAGCUGAACGUCCCUGUUUCAACCACUGCAGAGGAGAAAGGACGGGGUUGUACGGGUGUGGAGACCAAUGGCGCUAAGCCUGGUGAUCUCAGCCCUAACAGUGUUAGUGAGGGGAGCCAGAGGUCAUCAGAUACACUGUCCAGGUCUGACAUACCUAUGCCACCACAGGUAUCACGUCUGUAUUCUGCGCUGGUUAACUCUGAGGAUAUCGCCAGACAUUAUGUGUCCUCUGUCUCCCAGUUACCUGCAUCCCCUUGUCACAUUCCCCUAGAUGACCCAGACACAGUACUAGAUAGACAGAACUCUGAGGAAACUCAUAGAAACAGCCCAACAGAGGCUGAACCGGAAACAAACAAACAGCAACAAGUUCAUAAAGUAGAAAGGAGUGUCUCGGGGGAAGAAAACUCCUCCGUUGGCAGUUCCUUUUCAGAGGUCAUCACCAGUUCUGACGGUCCCCGUGAGGACGGCUCCUCCUCCUCUCAGUCCUCUGAGUGUCCUGGGACUGCGAGAGAGAAAGAAAAAGGAGAAGACAUUACGGUGAUGGUGGUGAAGACCCUGUCGUGUCCUUUCACCAAGCCCAGUCAGCCGUUCUUCUCCGUGCUCAGCAAAGAUGGAUACACUGUUCUCCAAUGGCCUUCAGAGAUGCUGACCUUCACCAGGACAGAGCCCUGUCUCUCCUACAGCUGCAAUCCCCUCCAUUUUGACUUUAAGGCCUCGCAGCAGUCGCAGAGCAGGGCGAAGGUUCGUACUGGUGACAGUCAGAGUAAGACGGAGCUGAGGUUAUCUGAGGCGUUGUGCAUCGGCUCAACCUCUGUCUGUUCUGAGGAACUAAUAGACAGCAAGCACAACAAAGAGGCCAACUCAAGGCCAGAUCAUCAUAUCCCUAUCAGAGAUGACAGGGAGACAGUGGAGAGGAAGGAUUGUCUCAUAUGUGAGCACCACCUGAGUGAAAUAGACACAGAAAGCUGCAGCUUACGAAUGAAGAGACACAGCAGAGUCUACAGCGGUGGUAAAUCUAGUAGUCAGUCAAAAGAGCAGACUGGCAAGAGAGCAGCAGGCAUCAAGAAAUGGAAAUCCAGAGACAGGCGCAAUUACAGGAGCCACAAGAAGAAGAAGAGGAGGAGAAGGAGAAGGAGGAGAGGAGGAUAUGAGGAAGAGAGGCACAGAGAGAUGGAGACGGAUGGAGGUGUGGAGAGCAAUCCGGAGAAAUGCAACAAAUUCCAGAGACAGUCAGAGUGUUGGGAAGGACUUGAUAGCCAAUUUAGAGCCCCCACUUCACAGCCAUUAGAGAAGUCAAAGCAAUCAGCUCAAAAUCCGGCUGACAGUGGCCACGCUGCUCCCUCUGCCACCGAGGACAAGGAGAAAGAGAGGGUGAAAAGAGAGAGGGAGGAGAGAGAGGGGGAGGAGAGAGAGCGAGAGAAGAGGGAGAAAGAGAGGGAGAAAGAGAGAAGCAGACAGGAAACAGCAGGCAGUGUAAACGGAUCAGCGGGCAGCCUCAGUCUCUCUGAUGAGGGCGCCAUGGAUUCUGAAAAGGUGUUCGGGAGCGACGGCAGGAGAGACCCAGUCGAUCCAUCAACAGAACAGAGAAACGCUGCAGGACACGGCUCGCAGAGCCACGACAACCCCUGCACAGAGAACCCUGCUGGGGCUGUUAGACAAAACCGAACCAUGGUGAUGACACGUCUGUCACCACAAAGCCCAGGGACCAUUACCCAAAAACGAAGCAUGACUAAAUCUCUUUCACCAGAGAGCUGUGGUAAAGACUGUUGUAGAAGGAAACGGACAGCAUCAUCUUUGCUUGAUGCUGAUGAGCAAGGCCUUGACCACCAGGUCUCAUGCACCAGGUGUCAGUCACCUGUAAUGGUAGAGCCCAAUUGGCCAGAUGGUUCAAUGGUUGAGGAGGGGUCCUCUUGGUCUGUCUGUGUUUCCUGUGGUGGGGAGGGGAGACAGAGGAAGAGACAGAGAGGGGCCAGUUAUACUCCUCACAUCUCAGACCUUCCUGUAGGUCACAAUGUUCACAUCUCAGAACCUCCUGUAGGUCACAAUGUUCUCAUCUCAGAACCUCCUGUAGGUCACAAUGUUCACAUCUCAGAACCUCCUGUAGGUCACAAUGUUCACAUCUCAGAACCUCCUGUAGGUCACAAUGUUCACAUCUCAGAACCUCCUGUAGGUCACAAUGUUCACAUCUCAGAACCUCCUGUAGGUCACAAUGUUCACAUCUCAGAACCUCCUGUAGGUCACAAUGUUCACAUCUCAGAACCUCCUGUAGGUCACAAUGUUCACAUCUCAGAACCUCCUGUAGGUCACAAUGUUCACAUCUCAGAACCUCCUGUAGGUCACAAUGUUCACAUCUCAGAACCUCCUGUAGGUCACAAUGUUCACAUCUCAGAACCUCCUGUAGGUCACAAUGUUCACAUCUCAGACCCUCCUGUAGGUCACAAUGUUCACAUCUCAGCCCUUCCUGUAGGUCACAAUGUUCACAUCUCAGACCCUCCUGUGGAUGUACUGUCUGAUGACAGACGUAAACUGAACGUCCAGAAUCUAAUGAAUACAGAUGUAGAAUACCCUGUGAUUAAAGGUCCACUGGCCAGCUGUAGUGCCCUGAGUCAGCCAGCUGUAGAGCACAGCAGAAAGCCAAUGGGAAGCUCUCCUCGGUUUCAGUUUCAGAACAAUGUUCCCAGCAUGAAAGAAGACAGUUCCUCCUCUCCCUCUCAACCUGGGCCUGUACAAGAUACCCCAAAUCCCCCAGAAAUAAUCAGUAUUACUAAUGAAAACAAAAACAUCACUAUUUGUCUCCAAAACUCUCCCACUGUUUCUCUCCCGAUCAUGGUACAUCGUCUAGAAAUGGGCAACAAUGGACAAGAUUGUAUUACAAGACAAACAGUGACAGUAGCAGCUCAUGUGAGUCCACCGGGUGCGAGAGAGAUCACCCCUCCAUUCAUCCCUCCACAGAGGUUUCAGAUACAGAAUGGGAGUCUGGACAAAUCCUGUCAGCAUAGUCUCCAGAGCUACCCCAACCAACAGAAAUGCCACAGCCCCCAGCAUCCCCAGGGUCAUAACCAGCACCAGAGGUGUCAUCCUGGGAUUAGGGUUCAUGAGGAGAGGGGGAUCAGGGAGGGCCUUAACAUUACAGGCAGCCCGUGUAGUCCCUAUCAUAGACCAGCUAGCCCUUACCACAACCACAGACCUCCGAGUUUCCAUCCGCAGCACCCGUCUGACAGAAUGGAGAAACACCACUGUGUCGUUCAAAUCCAGACCCAUAGACACGUCCUCAAUCACCAUCAGCAACACCAGGUGUUCCCAGGGAAGAUGAAGCCUGUCCUGCCUGGUUCUCCUGUCCCCAUGUCCCCCUCCUGUCCUCCCAUGCUCCACCCCGUCCACCUGUCUCCCAUGCCUAACGGGUCCAUCACCAUCCAACACACCAUCCUCCACCACCAGCACCACCAGCACCACCACCAUGCCUACCACCAUGCAGCCUUUCUGCCCCCUCAUCCCCAGCCCCAUCUCUUCCCCCAGGUCCUGCCAGUCCCAGUCAGCCGCCGGCCAAUGGGAGCGGAUAUAUGUCCACCUGGACCUCCUCCUUUUCUUACCUCGACACCGCAUCUCUCUGUUGUGGCAACGCCCAGUUUACACCACCACCCAAUGGCAGUGACGUUCCACGCCAUGCCCCGCCCAACCAUGUUCCCUCCCUCGAUGCUUCAGUCACACCCACAUCCCACCGUCAUCCCACUGCAGCCCAUGUUUUGAGACAUCACAUCCCACUGCAGCCCAUGUUUUGAGACAUCACAUCCCACUGCAGCCCAUGUUUUGAGACAUCACAUCCCACUGCAGCCCAUGUUUUGAGACAUCACAUCCCACUGCAGCCCAUGUUUUGAGACAUCACAUCCCACUGCAGCCCUUGUUUUAAGACAUCACAUCCCACUGCAGCCCUUGUUUUAAGACAUCACAUCCCACUGCAGCCCAUGUUUUGAGACAUCACAUCCUCACUGCAGCCCUUGUUUUAAGACAUCACAUCCCACUGCAGCCCAUGUUUUAAGACAUCACAUCCCACUGCAGCCCAUGUUUUAAGACAUCACAUCCUCACUGCAGCUCAUGUUUUGAGACAUCACAUCCCAAUGCAGCCCAUGUUUUAAGACAUCACAUCCCACUGCAGCCCAUGUUUUAAGACAUCACAUCCUCACUGCAGCCCUUGUUUUAAGACAUCACAUCCUCACUGCAGCCCAUGUUUUGAGACAUCACAUCCCACUGCAGCCCUUGUUUUAAGACAUCACUUCCCACUGCAGCCCAUGUUUUAAGACAUCACAUCCCACUGCAGCCCAUGUUUUGAGACAUCACAUCCUCACUGCAGAAUAUUCAAUCAUGUUUAUUUUUGUUGCUUCCAACAAAACAUUUAAUUUACUUCCAGCUAGUACUUUUUUCAUGUAGUUUUGUCAUUAUCUUCAUGUAACAUCCAACCCUGUUUUAUCAAUGGAAAAAGGCUUCUGUAGUAUUCAGAGUGAUAAGUGCUUUACAUUCAUACUAUAUUAGACAGACAUAUUUCCUUUAGAGAGACAAUCAAGCAUAACUAAAGAAUUUGGACGUGUGCACAUUUAAAACCAGUCUGAUGUAGAAACUAUCCCAGGUAGAUUCAUUAUUAAAGUCUGUGGUAUUCUAUAGUCUGUGUUUUUUGCUAGUGAAGUGCUUCAAUAGUCUACCUUUGGGCAUUUAAUGCAAUACUAGUUCAAUUAAACGUGAACACACACACACACACACACACACACACACACACACACACACACACACACACACACACAAUAAAGUGCUGUAUCUAGUGUAAUAGCGCCUGUCGAUGACGUUCACUCUACGUUCAUUUGCUUUCCUAAAUGAUGACAAUUCAUUCAUGUAACAUUUACCCCUGAAUUGAUCCAGAUACUACAGUAUUCCAAAAGUAAUUUAUUUAAUGUCCAAAAAUAUUUUCUUUGUAAGGAUUUACCCAUCUGACUCUGAAAUGAAUUUAGACCACUUGUGUUUUAUUUAUUUAUUUUGUAUUGUAUUUAUUUUUAUUUAUUUCACCCUCUUUAGUUUCUGAACAAGAAACACAUCUCUCAUGGUCGGGUCUGGGGACUUCAAUGUUACACGUCUUUAUAUUUGACAUACAUGAGACCCCCUUUCUGAUUUUGAAGUAGGAUAGCAUAGAAAAAUGGGUUAAAAUGUCUAAUCAACUAGUUUUCUUUUGUAUAAAAAUGACCAAGUGUCUUUAUAAUCACGUUUAUAAAAUAAAUAAAUUUUGAUUUGAUAUGUAAACCUGGUUACCGUGUCGUUUCAAGCCUCUCCAUAAGUCUUCAUGUAGCUGUAAUACAGUAGUUAUAUACUCCCCUACAUAUUUAUUUGGACAGUGAAGCUAAAACAAAUUGCUUAUAUGAGGCGACAGUACAGAAUGUCAUCUUUUAUUUGAAGUUUUUUUUUUAACAUUUUGAUACUGUUUAGAAAGGCAUGCAUUUUAUGUACUGUAUCUAGUCCCUCCAUUUGAAGGUGUCAUAAGUAUUUGGACAAAUUCACUUAAAAAGUGUUACAUUCUGUCAAAAGAAUGAAUGGUCAAUAAUGUAUUGUGUCAUUUUGGAGUGACUUUUAUUGUAAAUGAGAGUAGAAUAUGUUUCUGAACACUACUACAUUAAUAAUGUGUAUGCUAUCAUGAUUAUGGAGAAUCAUGAACGAAUCAUGAACGAAUCAUGAAUGAAUCGCGAAUGAAUCGCGAACGAAUCAUGAACGAAUCAUGAACGAAUCUCGCUCAUCGUUAUUCAUGAUUUAUUCAUGAUUCAUUCAUGAUUAUCUGUUUAUUUUUAUCUUUUAUUUUACCUUUAUUUAACAAGGCAAGUCUGUUAAGAUCAAAUUCUUAUUUAAAAUGACGGCCUACACAGGCCAAAUCUGGACGACGCUGGGCCAAUUGUGUGCAGCCCUAUGGGACUCCCAAUCACGGCCGGUUGUGAUACAGCCUGGAAUCGAACCAGAGGUGUAUGUAGUGAUGCCUCUAGCGCUGAGAUGCAGUGCCUUAGACCGCUGCGCCACUCGGGAGCAAAAAAAUCAUGUUAGCAUCCACAUGAAUGUAUUUUCAGAAACAUGUUCUAUUCUUUCAAUAGAAGUGAACAAAAUGACACAAUACAUUAUUUACCAUACAUUUCUAUUGGCCACAACACAAUCUGAAACGCAACCAAAACAAACAUCAAACGCAUAUAAACAAGUUAGUAGAGACACAAGAUUGAAGAUUGAGUCAUUGUGUGAUAGGAAUAUGGGAUCAAAUACUAAACUGUUGACAAAAAUGUAAUAACACUUGAAGUGAAUUUGUACAAAUACUUAUGACACCUUUCAAAUGGGAGGAACAAGAUACAUAAAGUACUUUCAUUUCUAAACGGUUUAUAAACAGAUAUGUAUGAACGUGGUACCUUCUGUACUGUCGGUUCAUAUAAAACAGUUCAUCUAUAGAGACAAAUUAGAAGUAAUAGUUUCACUGUCCAGAUAAGUAGGUAAGGGAGCGUAGCUGUUGCCGGGGUGAAAAAAAACUGUCCGACCGUUCUGUUACAUAAUUAAUUCCACUUGCUCUGAGAAAAAAUGUUGUAAAUUAGACAUAUUUAUAUUGUAAGAUACAGUUCUGUUUUUAUAGUAGCCUGAUGAAUUAUUAUCAGCAUUCAAUUAUGUUUUUACUAAAAUUGUGUCAACAGAAUGGUGUUGAAGUAAAAUUAAAUAAA